GUCAGUGGCAUGCUUGCGGGGACUUGGGCCAACAGUCUGCUCCUUUCGGUAGCAUUCAUGCAGGCAUUGAAUUAUUUCCAAAAUUACCCUCGGGAUCCUAUACAGCUGCGUGCGGCUGUAGCAUUAGUCAUCUUGUUUAACGUCUGGUGUACGAUCGUGUGCUAUGCAAACGUCUAUUUGUACUGCGUUACACACUGGGGUAAUCAAGUGUUCCUGUCAGCACAGUACUGGCCAGUCCCGAAUUAUAUCAUUUCAACGUCAUUAAGCGGGUUUCUCGUUCAAACGUUCUUAGGAUGGCGGUUCCUGCGACUGUCUAGCAAUUAUAUAAUUACAGGGCUCCUUGAACUCUGUUCGCUGGCAUCUCUUGGUGGCUCUGUGGCUGUUGCGGUGAUAAUAACAACGCACAAUUCACUCGCAGAUCGUAACAUGCUUACAACAACAGUGACAGUUUGGUUCGUUGCUAGUGCAGCAACAGAUGUGUUUAUUUCUAUCGUGCUUAUCUGGCAAUUCCGUCGCAUGAAAUCAUUCUUCGACAAUACACGCUCGCUCUUGCGACGUCUUACGGCUCUGACUAUUAGAUCGGGUUCCAUGACAUCGACCAUCGCUCUUACUACUCUGUUCCUGUUCCUUGCAGACAAUGAGGCGAACUGGGCCACUGGAGUAGUUUGGACACUGGGCCCUAUGUAUGCGAUCACCAUGCUAUCCAAUUUAAAUGCUAGGCGACGAUUGCACGGCGUCGGUCAGUCCAGCGACGAGCAUAAUCCAAGUGUUUCGUCUGGUGGGGUUCCGCCGUUCCGCAGGAAUCAUGAAGAGACUUUUGCGAUGUCAGGCAUCCAUGUUAUCCGGACGGUGCAACUCAGCGACGAUGUAAGUCAGCCCUUUAUCAAAGAUUUCAUGUAUUCACGUCUUGUGUUUUCUAGCAAAACCGUAACCUGA